AUGUCCUCAGACUCGAGCGACUCCGACGCUCCCGUCAAACCAGCACCAGCAUCUGCUACAGCGAAACCAAAGAAGAAGAAAAGGCUGUCGCCUCAAGAUGCCAUCAAUAGGAUAUGGGAACGGUUCUCUGUCAAGGAGUUCAGUAACGUGACGGUAGUCCUGCCCUCCACAUCCUCAAUCACCGAGCCCACGAUCGACCCCUCCAAGCCUCCCCACGCCGAACAAAACAACCUCCUUGUAUCCGAAGAUUACGAGCGAGCAGUGCAAGAAUGUAGAACACGGGUCAGAAAGCUCGUGAAAGAGUGCCAGCGGGUCAACAUGCGUUAUCGAGAUCCCGACUUCGAUAUCGACUGGGACCUGAGGAUGAGGAGAGGCCAUUGUCUUAAUAACUUGAAGGACAGGAAAUUUAACGUUCAUGAGAAAUAUUCGGAAACGCACUUCACUGCACCGAAAUCCGUCAAAAGGGUCCACGAGAUUUUCGAAAAACCCACCUUCCUUACCGGAGAACCAUCGCCAUCGGACGUGAAGCAGGGACGCUUAGGAAAUUGUUGGCUCGUGGCAGGCCUGACUGCUCUGGCCAAUGUAGAGAAUGGUUUGAAGCGUAUAUGUGUCGAACAUGACACAAAUGGAGAAUGGAUUAUUUCCAUCAUCGACGACAAACUGUAUCUGAAGUCACCGGACUGGAACGUGGCUUCGUGGCAUCGCUCCCUGAUAAAAGAUAUCAACCAUGAAGAUAACGAGGCUGUCUACAAAAAGACAUACCAAACAGGCUCACAGGCCUUAUUCUUUGGGCAUUGCAGGGAUCAGAAUGAGACCUGGUUGCCUCUGGUUGAAAAGGCGUACGCAAAAGCGCAUGGGGACUAUGCUUCUUUAGUGGGAGGAUGGAUAGGCGAAGGUUUAGAGGAUCUCACAGGCGGGGUGACGACAGAACUACUGGCAUCCGAUAUCCUGGACGUUGACUAUUUCUGGGAGAAUGAAAUGCUCAAGGUCAAUAAAGAAUUCUUGUUCGGCUGUGCCACUGGCGUUUGGAGUGGAGGAUAUGGGGAUAGGGACGGCAUAGUGGAAAGGCACGCAUACACUGUCGUAGAUGCGCGAGUGAUUUCCACCGGUGAGAGGCUAGUCAAGCUUCGAAAUCCAUGGGGAAGUCCGAGAAAAGGCCUCUGGGAAGGUGCCUGGUCUGACGGGAGCAAAGAGUUUACGCCGGAAUUUCAAAUCGAGAUGAAUCACCAAUCUGGCAUCGAUUCCUCGUUCUGGAUUUCUUACAAAGACUUUCUUCGCAAGAUCGAUAACAUCGACCGCACACGCCUUUUCAUGGACAGUCCUGAGUGGCGCAUAACGCAAAAGUGGGUGGGAAUCGACGUGCCAUGGAAAUCCGAGUAUGAGCAGAAGUUUCAAAUCAUCCUGAGAAAGGAGUCCCCAGUCGUGCUGGUCUUAGCUCAGCUUGACAAUCGAUUCUUCGUUGGACUAGACGGACAAUAUCGAUUCGAACUGGAGUUCCGUCUUCACGAAGCCGGCUCCCCAGACGAUCAUGACUAUAUUGUCCGCAGUCAUGGAAAUUACCUGAUGUCCCGCAGUGUUGUCGCAGAGCUUAAAAGCCUACCUCCCGGCACAUAUGCUGUUUUCGUCAAGGUGAAGGCCUCGAGAUACGCACACUUCCGAUCAGUCGAGCGUGUUGUUAAGAAGCAGACCAAGGGCCGAAACGAAAACGAAAAGCUAGCGCAGGUUGGCAUGUCCUACGCUAUCGCUCACAGCAAAGGCAAGGACUUUUCAAAGUCCAAGGAGCUUACACAGAAAGAGCACGAGAAGGUCAAAGCUAGAGAAGCUCGGAUCAAGCUACGCAAAAAGAACUGGGAGAAGAGACACUUGAGCCGUAAGAUCGUGCGAAAGCAGGAGAAGAAGAAUCAUGAGAAGCGGGAAUGCAGCGCAGCCAAGGUCGCCGCUGCAGAAACGGCGAAGAAGGAAGCGAUGCCUAAGGCAAAGGCUGUGCAGACUGAAGAUGUCAAGGAAGUCGUUCUCGCGAAGAGCGAUAAAUCAGUCCAGACGGAAGACUUGACUACCUCGUUUACCCCAGAGAAUGUGAAGCCCGCCUUCCCAAUUGCCGACGACGGAACUUCCCAAGGAGCCGGUGGUAUCACAGAUGGAGGUCUCGAAACAGGAGAUCAAUCGAGUCAAACGCAAGAACAGAUUUCUUCCCCCGGUCCGGAUUCUGAGAAGACCGCAGAGGCUGACAUCUCCAAAGAGGCCGAGAAGAGCGUACAGGCUGAUAACAACAGCGAGGCGUCCACCGCCGAUGGUUCCCAAGGAGCUAUGAACACGCCUACGAGCAGCAUAGCGAGCAUAGCCGGCGACUCUCGACCACAAUCCGUCCACUUCCCGUUGGUACAGGUCACUCCAAUACCAAAAGCAACCCCAUCUCCCAAGAGAUCCUCCGCCCAUGCAAAAUACGUCGAGAUCGAAGGCGAGUCAAGCGCAAGCCCCAUCUCUGACUUUGAAGAGAUGUAUUCCGACGACGAGCAUACCUUAAAACCGCGAGAGGCCAAGAAGAAGGUCGAGAGUGACGACGAGGAUAAGAAUAAGAAGAGCCCCUGGAAUGCAGUGUGCAUUGUUGGGCUCCGGGCUUACAGCAAGGACCAGGAUUUGGAGUUGCUGGUCUGGGACGAGAAGCUUGAUAUGAUGGCGAAGGCUCUCGACGCUGCGAAGAAGAAAGGUGUAGAGAUUCUGGAGAAGACCUCUAGGGAGGAGAAGGCGGACGAGGCGGACGAUGAGGCUGGUGGGGAAGAGAAGACGAACCGGGAGAUAGAGGCGCCUAAGCUGCCUGCACUGAAAAAGCAGGGCGUGGCUGCCGCCCUGGAGUGUGAAAUACCCCAGGGCUGUGAGCUCGUGGCGUGUGCAAAGAGGAGCGGACAGGAGAAAAGCGAGCUUACCGCGAAAGAAGCGGAGGAUGGGCUGUCCGAGAUUGCGAAGCAGCUGGCUGAGCUGGCCAAAACAUUUGAAAGGCAGUACUGGCCGGUUGAGAACGGUGGAAAUGAAGGACUCGUACCGGAUGACGGAGAGAAAGAUGCGCUGGCUAGCGGGAGGCAACGCAGUCGAUGA